AUGGCGUCCGUCCUUAGCAGUCUCGUCCAAAAAUACGAGUUGCUCUGCAAAAGAAAAAAGUGGAAGAAGCUUGGCGCGGUAGGCUUCAAUUUCCGCAGGGACGGCUUCUCGUGCGGCCUUGGACAACACUUUUCGGCUGAGCUUGAGAUCAACAUUGAUUGGCACGUCGUAGACAUGCAUCAGUGCCACCGCACGCCAUCGAAAGUCAUCGCCUUGAACGUUCCGUUCGUGAAAGACCUGCCUCCAUAA